AGUUUUCCUAUCAAGACAAAAACACAAAAAAGCCCCUUCUCUUUCUUUCUCCACAAAUCCUCAGUUGACUCUUCAUAGUUUUAACAUAAGCUAAAACAGUGAAGGAUUAAAAGGAAAAAACCUCGCCAUGAAUGCUUCAACCAAGCUUGAAACAGCCCUCGUCGUUAUCUUCGCAACAUGCCUUCUAGCUUUCAUCAUAGAGCUCGUUUACGUCCUUUGGCGAAAACGGAGGUUCCGUCAACGCAGCAUCGUCAGCGGCGGUAAUGGUUCCGUGGACUCGGAGUUCUCGAAUUCUCCUUUUUACGCUGCUUCGUCUAAGGAACUUCUCUACUUCUUCUGCUGGAAAAACCAACCAGCCCGUGUGGAACCUUCGUCUGGGGUGGUGUCUCCGGCGCCUACGGAGGCUCCUACGGCUUCCGAUUCGGAGGCAGCCACCGUGGAGGCAGAUGAUGACGAGUUGGCAAAGUGGCAGGCGGCGUACGGACCAGUUAGGAUUUUGUAUACGAUAAAAGAAGAGGAAAGAGAAGGAGCUGAUAGCGUCGAGAAUUCUGCUGAUCAGACUGAAGUGAAAAGCGACAACCGGGUUUGUUUGAGGGAUCGCUUCUCGGGUCCGGUUGAAGUGGCUGAUGACGUGGCGGUCGUAGUUGAUGUUGAGGAAGCGACGCCGUUCUCAACGCCUUGUGCAUCGCCUCCUUACUUUACUCCGUCACCUUCUCCUGGUCGUGAUGUGGAAAUUUCGAUAUUGUCGCCGGAAAAUGAUGACGUCAUCUCGCCGGAUGGUGACGUUUUGACUGAUGGGGAAGUCGGGUUUGUGAGUUUAAGAAUUGAAGGCUAGUAAAAAUUGCUUGAAUUGUAAACAAGAAAUAAUUUAAUUAGUCCAUUGCAUGUAAUUAAUUUAUUUUAAUUUAGUUAGCACUAGUUGUCUUUUUUA